CGGUAGGGGUCGCUGUGGAUCCGGUCCGGUCCGGGGCGGAGCCCGCGCGCUGCCCGGUCUCGCCGAGCCGCCGCCCUGCGCCGCCGCCGGAGCCGACCGCCAUGGACGACAUCUUCACCCAGUGCCGGGAGGGCAACGCGGUGGCCGUGCGGCUCUGGUUGGACAACACCGAGAACGACCUCAACCAGGGGGAUGACCAUGGGUUCAGCCCCCUGCACUGGGCCUGCCGGGAGGGCCGUGCCAGCCUGGUGGACAUGCUGAUCAUGCGGGGGGCACGCAUCAACGUCAUGAACCGGGGGGACGACACCCCCCUGCACCUGGCUGCCAGCCACGGCCACCGCGACAUCGUCCAGAAGCUGAUCCAGUUCAAAGCAGACAUCAACGCUGCCAAUGAGCAUGGAAACACAGCCCUGCACUAUGCCUGCUUCUGGGGACACGACCAGGUGGCUGAGGACCUGGUGGGCAACGGGGCCUUGGUCAGCGUCGCCAACAAGUACGGCGAGACGCCCACUGACAAAGCCAAGACCCCCCUGCGUGAGGUGCUGAGAGAACGUGCCGAGAAACUGGGCCAGAACCUCACCAAGGUCCCCUACAAGGACACCUUCUGGAAGGGCACCACCCGCACACGUCCCAGGAAUGGGACUCUCAACAAACUGGCUGGGAUAGACUUCAAGCAGCUGAGCUUGGGCCAGAGACUCAAUGAGAACCAGUCAGGAGAGCUGUGGAAGGGGCGCUGGCAAGGCAACGACAUCGUCAUCAAACUCCUGAAGAUCCGGGACUGGACAACUCGGAAAAGCCGGGACUUCAACGAGGAGUACCCCAAGCUGCGGAUCUUCUCCCACCCCAAUGUUCUGCCAGUGCUGGGUGCCUGCCAGUGCCCCCCAGCCCCCCACCCCGUUGUCAUCAGCCACUGGAUGCCCUAUGGGUCCCUCUACAACGUCUUACACGAGGGGACAAACUUCGUGGUGGACCAGAUGCAGGCGGUGAAGUUUGCCUUCGAUAUCGCGCGGGGCAUGGCCUUCCUCCACACGCUGGAGCCCCUCAUCCCCCGCCACCACCUCAACAGCCGCAGCAUCAUGAUCGACGAGGACAUGACGGCGCGGAUCAGCAUGGCCGACGUCAAAUUCUCCUUCCAGUGCCCGGGCAGGAUGUACGCACCCGCCUGGGUGGCUCCUGAAGCCCUGCAGAAGAAGCCCGAGGAGAUCAACCGUCGCUCGGCCGACAUGUGGAGCUUCGCGGUGCUGCUGUGGGAGCUGGUGACGCGCGAGGUGCCCUUCGCAGACCUCUCCAACAUGGAGAUCGGCAUGAAGGUGGCCCUGGAGGGCCUGCGUCCCACCAUCCCCCCCGGCAUCUCCCCCCACAUCUGCAAACUGAUGAAGAUCUGCAUGAACGAGGACCCCGCCAAGCGCCCCAAGUUCGACAUGAUCGUCCCCAUCCUGGAGAAGAUGCAGGAGAAGUAGAGACCCGGGGGUGGGGGGGCGAGGGGGAUCCCACCCCCAGCCCACGCUGCCGUGCUUCCCCCACCCUCCCCACUGCCCCCCAAGUGCCUUCAUUAACCCCGAGCGAGGGGGAGCAGGGGCUGCCCCCCACCCCCAGAGCCACGGACACACGGUACAGACCACGC